AUGGAUCCUCCUGGACAUACUGUGUUCUUGCAUUUGCAAGAACUCAAUCGAUCUGAAUUGCAAGCGCAAGCCAAACUUUAUGGAAUCAAGGCCAAUCAAAAGAGUGAAGUGUUGCGACAACAAUUGCAAGAAAUCCUGGCUGCGAGAGGUAACGUGAAUUCUCCAGCACCAUCCGUGGCAGUGUUGGAGGAAGCAGAAGAGGAAGAAGCAAGGGACGACGAAGAUGCCCAAAAGAAGGACGAUGAGGAGCAGGAGGAGAACGAAGAGAACGAGCCGGUUGACGUGAAGGAAGAUACGGAAGAAGAAGCAAUGGCGCCCACAGUCGAAGAGAAAGGCGAAGACGAAGAAGAAGUGGAGCAGCCUACCAAUACUACCAUCGAGGAGGCAGAUGAGAAGAAAGAGGAAGCCCGAGUCGAUGACGACGUGGUUGCCAUGAAGACAGAAGAUGUGGAAGAAGCCGUGGCUCCCACAGUCGAAGAGGAAGAAGAACUUUUGGAGCAGCCUACUAGCAGCACAGACAUCGAGGUAAACGAGAACGAAGACCAAAUCGAAGUGGCGGUAGCCCAACAAGAAAAGGACCACGAAGAAUCGACUACCGUCAACGAGAUGGAAUCCAAACACGGAUCAUCAGCUUGGGUGGAAGCAGAAGAUGACAAAGAAGAAGAGGAAGAAGAAAAUACAGUCGAGGACGCAAAAAAAGAAUUGCCUCAAUCUGACAAUGUCGAGCAGGAAGAAACGGAAAAUGAGGAGUCAAAUGCUGCCCCUCCAUUGCUAGUGAUUGUGGAUCUUGGCAGUGACGAAAUGGCAGACUUGGCCGAUGAAUCCAUUGUAUCACCAACCGCUGCCGCAAAGGAAAUGUUCCGUAGCAAGAUUCCAAGUGGUCCUUCAUCGUCGUCGGGUAGAGGAAAGGCCUUGGAAGAACGAUUAAUGCUACGAGCAAGAACUAUACCAGCAAACUUGGAAGACAGAUAUCAUGAUAGUUAUGAAAUUGUCUAUACUCGUUUCUAUGCAUCUAAGACACGCGUUGUUUCGGGAAAGAAGAAAAUUCGCGCAUCAGAGACGCAGUUUGGGCGUCAAGCUGCUGCACUAGUUUCAAUUCAAAACUUCUUUGGCGUGCUGGAGCUGACCAUCAAGCACUCGAAGUUUUUUUCCAAAGUUCUGUGGGCAUUUUUUAUAAACGUCUCGCAGUUUCCUCAAGGUCUUCCUCCCUCUCGUCCAAUCAUGGCUUUCAACUUGGAGGUCGUACAUUUCGUUCGUUCGUUCGUUCGUUCGUUCGUUUUGUUCAUUACUCAUUGCUCAAAAGGCUGUUCCUUCGAAGCCUUCCGUUCCGCAACAGAGUUUUCUUGUGGGUGUCCUUCCAAAGGUACUUGGAGCUCUUCCUCUCGAUCAUUCGAAGAAGGCAGGCUUUGCUUCCAACUUGGCGUUCGUCUGGUCGUUCUCUUCGUCGUUCUUUUCAGCCUUUCGUUUUUCGACAUGGUUGCCUUGAGCUGGGUACCUGCUUUUUUCUAG